UUUACUGAACCUACUGUUCUGUACACAGAUUUCUCACUGCCUCAGUUAAGGAUUGCCACUCCAGAAUCUGCAGCUAAAUGAGAUCAUGAUUUUGGAAGGAACUGGCAGAAUGAGUAUCAAUCCCAGCAGCAAUCUACUUCCCCAGCAGCCUUCCUGGACAGACGGAUAUUCCACAUGCAAUGUGUCCAGCAGCUUUUAUGCAACCCAGUGGCAUGAAAUUCACCCACAGUACUGGACCAAAUUUCAAGUUUGGGAGUGGCUGCAGCAUCUCCUUGAUACCAACCAGCUGGAUGCCAACUGCAUACCUUUCCAGGAGUUCGAUAUCAAUGGGGAGCACCUGUGCAGUAUGAGCCUGCAGGAAUUCACUCAGGCAGCUGGGACAGCAGGGCAACUGCUUUAUAGUAACCUUCAGCACCUAAAAUGGAAUGGCCAGUGUGGAAGUGAUAUGUAUCAAUCUCAUAAUGUCAUAGUGAAGACAGAACAAGCAGAUCCACCAUUAAUGGUAUCCUGGAAAGAAGAGAAUUACCUGUAUGACAGUGGCUAUGGUAGCACAAUAGAGCUGUUGGACAGUAAAACAUUCUGUCGUGCUCAGAUUUCCAUGGCAGCACCUAGUCACCAGCCUCCUGACUCUUCAGAUGUGAAAAAAUCACAAGAUCAAACCCCAAAGUCCCACACCAAGAAGCACAACCCUCGUGGAACUCACCUUUGGGAAUUUAUUCGAGAUAUUCUUCUCAAUCCUGAGAAAAACCCAGGAUUAAUCAAAUGGGAAGAUCGGGCAGAAGGUGUCUUCAGAUUUUUAAAAUCCGAAGCUGUGGCUCAGCUCUGGGGAAAGAAGAAAAACAACAGCAGCAUGACUUAUGAGAAACUCAGCCGGGCUAUGAGAUAUUAUUAUAAAAGAGAAAUCCUGGAGCGCGUGGAUGGUCGGAGAUUAGUAUAUAAAUUUGGAAAGAAUGCUCGUGGCUGGAGAGAAAAUGAGAAUUAAAUGACAAGAAAUAACACUUUAAACACCUGGAUGUAAAUAUUCAAAGACUAUUUUCUUAUAUUUAUGUAUCAAAUUUGGAUGAAAAAUGAAUUCUGUUUCUGUUGGGAAGAAGGAACAUUAUCAUUAUUGGUGUUAAAAUUAUUUGAAGUACGUCCUGUAUGGGGAAAAAAUGUACACAGUUUUCUGUGAUAUAAGAUAACAUUAUAGAAUUAUGAUUAUUUUUC